UGCACCAGCUGAUAGUUAGAGAAAAAGAUGUUUGAUUGGGAGGCGAUCAAGCAGAAAAUGCACAACUGUUGCAGACACCAAAUAAGAUUAAGUCUUGCAUCACACAAAUCAAAUCUGUGGAUUUUGCGGUCAGUCUGGAAAAUCGAACCAAUCUGUAGCCAAUAUAAAAGCAUAACAGGUGAAUGGAAAGAGCGCUCAGUUUGGUAGAAUGAGGGGACAACUGAAGCUGCUGUUGGUCCUGGGACUGCUGCUGACGUACGCGGCGGCAAAGAAGAAGGAGUCGUCCUCCGAGGAGGAGGAAGAGGGCGGCGAGAAGCAUGAGAAGAAGAAAUAUGGUGAUGAGGAGCACAAAGGCGAGCACGGUCAUAAGGAGCACAAGGAAUGGGAAGAGGAUGAGAAGAAACAUCACGAGGAGGAGGAUCACGAGCAUCAUCAUGGCGACAAGGGUGAAAAGAAGAAGAAGCAUUACGAUGAGAAGGAGGAACAUGGCGAAAAACAUGAGCAUGGUGCCCACAAAAAGGGGGGCAAGCAUCAUCACAAGAAGAAGCACAAGAAGGGACACAAAGAAAUGGAAUAUCAUAAAAAAUUCAACAAGGAUGAAUACUACAAGGAGAAAAAGUUCUACGAUGAUGAGCACAAGGGCGGACAUCACAAAAAAUACGGCAAGGAGCAUAAGCAUCAUGAGGAGGAUCAUGGCGAGCACAAAAAGGGUGAAAAGCACGAAAGUGGAAAGAAAAAAGGACACAAGAAGAAGGAGGGACACUUUAAAAAGGGACAUCACGACGAAGAUCAUAAAAAAUACAAGAAGGAGCACAAAUACGGCGACAGCUUCGAGAAGAAGGAAGAGCACGGCAAGAAGGGCGAAAAGAAACACGGUCACAAGCAUCACAAAAAAAAUGCAAAGAAACAUGGUUAACACUUAUG